AUGGAGGCGCCGGGAGGGCCCGCCACGACGGGUAAGGAGGACCCCGGCCGGCAGCGGCUUCUGCUGGACCCGGAGCGGGGGAGGCGAGGGUGGCAGAGCUGCAGCCAGCCGGGGAAGCCAGCCGAGCCCCUGCCCCGAGCAGCCCACCACCACAAGCCCAGAGGGGGAGCAAAGGGGCGUUGCUUGAGCUGCCUGAGCCUCCUCAGUGCGCUAGCAGUGGUUGUGGUUAGAAGGCUGGACCGAAGCCAGAGGCCCAGGUUCAAAUCCCCCAGUGACCUUGGCCCAGCCUCCGUCUCAGAGAGGAAGACAGCACUGACUGAAGAGGCCCAGAUGCCAGAGCAAGCGACCCCCCUGCACGGAUUGGUGGAAGAGCCCCCCUGCCCCCCCGCAGAAGAGGAAGGCGGGAUCCCCAUUCCCACGUCCGGGCUGCUGCAGGUGGCAGAGUGCAGGCAGCCCCUCAGCAGCGUCUCCUCCCUCGAGGUGCACUUUGACCUGCUGGACCUCACGGAGCUGACGGACAUGUCUGACCAGGAGCUGGCCGAAGUCUUUGCGGACUCAGACGAGGAGAACGUGGCCGGUGAGGCCCCCGUGGGUCUCCAUCCCUCCUCCCAUCCCCUCCCCCGGGCCGGCUACCUGCGCUCCCCUUCCUGGACGAGGUCAAAAGCAGACCAGCGGCGGGAGAAGAAACACCUCAGUGACUCAGAGCUCCAGGCCAGCCAAGAAGAGCCUUUCCAGCCUAUGGAGAAGCCGAAGGAAGACUAAGAGGAGGCCGGAAGCCAGACCCAGGGGCCCGAGUUCUCUCUUGCACUAGCCACAAAUGCCAGGCUGUUUGUGACCUUCAAAGACCUUCAGUCC